GCUGCCGUCCCUGUGCUCUGACUGCUGAACUUGGUGAUUGCACACUGAAGGGUUAACGUCAGAGUAAAUGUAGCACCGAGCUGAGGAGGCUGAGAUUCGAGACCCGGGAAAAGUCACGCCUGGAUACACACAGUGGGAGUGCGAGGAGCUGGAAUAAGCUGUAUAACACGCCCUCGAGACUUGUGCGCGAGCCGUCCAGCUGCAGUCCAGCUGCCCAGGUCAUCACACAGAGGUUUGACCCUGCCCGACAGCGACAGAACUAGACGCGUCCUUUCCUUUCAUCCACAAGCUCCAGUGCGGACACAGGGUGAGAGUUACCUGCAGUAAUACCCAACAAUGCCGUCAAGUAUAAAUCCUCCAAAGAUAAUCUCCAAUGGCAGUGUAACAAUAGAACAGGGGCUGAUGAAUGGAGACUGUCACAGUGAAGACGGGGCAUCAGAAUACAGCGAAGAACUUGAACUCAGUAGCAGCAGUAAUGGUGACACUCACAAUGAUAAUGGGGCACCACACUUUUUGCAAACCUCACAGCAGAAUGGGAGCCCCAUCGAAAAAGGAAAGAUCUUGAAGUCUUCCGCCAACGGACAUAAAAGAAUGCGAAAAGGCAAUGGUGACAUCGCCUGGCAACUUAGUUUUUCAGAGGCCAGAAAACGUGGUGCUGUUGGAUGGGAGAGUAGCCUGAGGCAGAGACCUCCCCCUCGAACUAUAUAUCAGGCAGGAUUAGACUUUCGUAGCAAGAAAAGAAAAGAAGACCAAAGCUUGAAAAACAGGAAGAACCUUAAUGGACCUGUGAAUUAUAACCAACACUCAGGUUCAGUUACAGCACAUUUACCAGACAACUCCUUCAUUGAUCUCGUUGAGGAAGAAGAUUCGAAUGUGUCAUCUCAAAGUAGUACUACGGGUACAAGUCAGGAAACAAGUGACUCAACAAACUUUGCACAUAACACGCAAAAGAAUGAACAAAACAGCAUUCCUGAGUAUCAGGAUGGCAAGAGCUUUGGAGUUGGAGAGCUUGUAUGGGGAAAAAUCAAGGGUUUUUCGUGGUGGCCAGCAAUAGUUGUCACGUGGCGGGUCACAGCUAUGCGACAGGCUGCUACUGGAAUGAGGUGGCUGCAGUGGUUUGGAGAUGGUAAAUUUUCUGAGGUAUCAGCAGAUAAACUCGUACACUUGGCAGCAUUCACUCAAUACUUGAAUAGCUCAUCGCUCUCAAAGCUGGUCUCCUACAAGAGAGCCAUUUACCAAGCACUAGAGGAAGCCAGUAUCAGAGCAGGGAAGAAAUUUCCUGAUAAUGGCCAGGUCUGUUUAGAUGACAAACUAAAGCCAAUGAUGGACUGGGCAUCUGGAGGUUUUCAACCUAAAGGGUCUGAAGGACUGAAACCCCCAAAGAAUCAAGAGAACAGGAUAAUGAAGCCUCACUUUAUGGAGACACACAUCCCUGAAUAUUGUCCUCCAGCAAAACGUCAGAAAACAAGUGUGUACAAGAGUUCAAAGGAGAAAGUUGAAGAGGAUCAAAACAGAGAACGAUUGGUACAGGAAGUUAUGCAAAACAACCGAAGUUUGGAAGAUUUCUGCCUGGCCUGUGGAAGUUCACGAAGCAUUACUUGUCACCCCCUCUUUGAAGGCGGCCUGUGUGAAGUCUGUAAGGAUGCUUUCUUGGAGACCCUCUAUAUGUAUGAUGAUGAUGGCUACCAGUCCUAUUGUACGAUUUGUUGUGGGGGAGGGGAGCUUCUAUUGUGUGAAAAUGUCAAUUGCUGUAGAUGUUUUUGUGUGGACUGUAUUGACAUUUUGGUGAAGCCGGGAGCAGCAGCUGAGGCUAAGGAACAGCACCCAUGGAGUUGUUAUAUGUGUCUUCCACAUAAAAGCUAUGGAAUUUUGCAGAGGCGGAAGGACUGGAACUUAAAGCUGCAAGAGUUCUUUGCUAGUGAUAAUGGUCAAGAAUACGAAGCUCCCAAAAUGUACCCUGCAGUACCUGCGGAACAAAGAAGGCCAGUAAAGGUGCUCUCACUGUUCGAUGGAAUUGCAACAGGUUAUUUAGUCCUAAAGGAUCUAGGCUUUAAAGUAGAUGUGUAUAUAGCAUCAGAGAUCUGUCCAGAUUCUAUAGCAGUUGGAACUAUCCGGCAUGAAGGAAAGAUUACAUAUGUGCAUGACGUCAGGAACAUAACGAAAAAGAACCUUGAAGACUGGGGUCCGUUUGAUUUGGUUAUUGGAGGAAGCCCUUGCAAUGACCUGUCUAUUGUCAAUCCAGCAAGGAAAGGGCUGUAUGAGGGUACAGGACGACUUUUCUUUGAGUUUUACCGACUUCUCAAUAUAGCUAAACCCAAAGAAUAUGAAAACAGGCCUUUCUUCUGGAUGUUUGAGAAUGUCGUGGCCAUGAGUGUAAAUGAUAAACGAGACAUCUCCCGAUUCCUAGAGUGUAAUCCUGUAAUGAUUGAUGCCAUUGAGGUGUCUGCUGCCCGCAGAGCCCGGUACUUUUGGGGAAACUUACCAGGAAUGAACAGGCCGCUCGUAGCAUCACAGACUGAUAAGCUUGAACUUCAGGACUGUCUUGAACACAGCAGGAUAGCAAAGAUUUCAAAAAUUCGAACUGUUACAACUCGGUCAAACUCCAUAAGACAAGGAAAGGAACAGAAUUUCCCAGUUAUCAUGAAUGGGAAGGAGGAUAUGCUAUGGCCUAGUGAGCUAGAAAGGAUUUUUGGCUUUCCUGUUCAUUACACAGAUAUGUGCAACAUGGGACGUAAUGCACGCCAAAAGCUCUUAGGACGAUCCUGGAGUGUCCCUGUCAUUCGGCAUUUGUUUGCUCCACUUAAGGAUUAUUUUGCUUGUGAAUAACCAACAGGAAUCAUUACAAGGGCUGCACUAUCCUUUUGUUCAUUCAUCAAGCAGAUAUAAAGAGUGGAGUCCCAUCACAGAAGUAAACGGAAUACAGAGAGCAAGUCACAAAACCAUAUCUUUCUGGAGAAGAACUGGCCAUUGACUGGUGUUGCAUUAAGUUAAAUAUAGUGAAAGUUCCAUUGUGGUGGUGAUGUGAACUGGAUCUGGAGUAUUUAUGCUCACCUUUACCAUAAUUUCAGAUUUGUUAAUGCAGUUUAACUGCAGAACUUGGAUAAUGUGCUUCUACCAUGAGAACACCUUUCAUUUAUAACUGAUUCCAGUUAUAAUACUUAUAUGUGCAAACUGGCAACUAAGGACACAGGAACAGAAUUUCAAGCUAUACAACCUUUCCAUACUGUUGUGUUUUUGUCAUUAUCAGAUUUUUUUUUUUGCCUGCUUGUGUCAAACAGAUUUGUAUUUUUUGGAUGAUUCUGCUAGAAAAUCUUCACUGGCAAUGAUUUUUUCAAAUACAAGUGUAGUAUAAGAGGUAGAAAACAACCUUCUAAUGUCUAGACACAACGGUGACUUUUAAAAACAAUAUCAGAACUACUGCUAGUUAAGUACAUACUCAUAAGUCAAAAGUAUGUUCACAAGAAAAGUUGUGAGAGAUUUUUUUUUAAUGUAUAUGUGUCAGUGGUGGGAGUUUUUUCCCCUGAAAGUCUAGCAUACUGUGUAUUUGUGCUGUUUGUAUUGCAACAUGCAUUCUUGAUUGGCCACCUACAAAAUAGUGAGAAUUUCUUUCUAAACAAAAUAACGUUUAGGUAGUGUGUUGAAACAGUUCAAUGAUGGGAGGUAUAAAGAAACUGUGAGAUUUAUCAGGAACUUGUUUUCUGACAGUGAAAGCCAGUGAGUUAACAAAGCAUGUUACAGCCAUGACUCUCUGAGGUCAUUUUAGUGUGAAUGUUUUGGUGUGAAUUUGCAGAUAAUUACAGCUGGGUGGUAGGAGAUCUCACAAUGCACAACAACACUGGUCCAUUGUUAAAGGGAAGCACUUAUGAACUAUGGCCCUUGUAAUCAGGUAGCCUGUGAAAACACUUUGAAUUAGUUUAUUAGGUUUACCAGUACUUGAUGGCAAUCUAGAAAGCAAAUGCCACAACAGUUCUACACUGUCACCAUUUCUAUUAUGCUUUAUAACACUAGUGCUAAGUACAGCUGUCCGUCUUAAUGAUAACAUUUUGACGGUGCAUACUUUGUGUGAAUCUCAAACCUGCUGCUGUGUAAUACUUUAAAAUUAAAAAAUAGUAAAGAAAAAUCACAGAGACUACAACAAACCUUUAUUAAAACACAGAAUUAUUGGUAAGCAUUUGCGUAGUACACCACUACUAUUCAUGUAGUGCAAGUAGUUGAGGAACAUCAUAUGCAUUAACUUUAACACACUGCAACUGGAUAAUAGAUGUGAACUCAGUUCUCUUAUAGCAGUUUUGAGACUUACAUUAAGUCUUUCCAGUAUGACACUAAUAUCGUGUUUUUAUAAACAUUUUUGAUAUGAGGAACAUGCUGUAUUUGAUCACACAUUGGUCGAAGCAGUUUUUAAAACUACAACGUUGGAAUGCACAGCAGACAGCCUAUCAGUGCUGAACAAGUUAUCAUCAUAUAAGGCAGUCUAGAUGUCUGCCCAUUACAGGUAAAUAGUUUAGAAGUUUAGAAAACAACUUUUUUAAGAAAUCAGAAUGAUGUUUUUUUUUUUAAUCUGGUCUGUUCAUUUUAAUUGUUAGUAGCUCUAGAAUGUCUCAUUCAUGAGAACUUAAGUGUAAGGCAUAUAUAUGGUUAUAUAGGUCAUAAAUACUGCCUUUUGAAGAGUUUUUUUUUUUUUUUUUUGAUUUGAAUGUUAGUGUAAGGUGAAAAGAAAGAAUACAUAUUGUACAUACAGAGAAUGUGUAAGAGUUUGCUAUAGGAGGUAAAUAUUGUAUGUUUGCGCCAGCACUGCCAUUUUAUGUGAAACUCAUGCAAAAUGUCAUGAAGUGCAUACAUCAUAAUGAUGUAACAUACGCAUCUGUGAUAGGUUGUCAUCCAAGUGGAUUCCAAGCACCGAGCCCCCUUUUCAUUACUUAACAUAAGAAAGGAGCACGUGAUUUAGGUAAUCAUGUCAGGUAGCCUUUAAGAUACAGUGAUUGCUGAUUCUUUCCUUUUGAAAACUGGUUGUAGAAGUCUUUCAGCUGUGAGUUGCUGAGUCCUUGUAGGCAGUAAGAGCGUGAGAAUGCCAAUCUUGUAAUUGUCACUAAUGCAGAAUCUUGGAUAUGUUCAACUAAGGAGCUGCAGUGUCAAAGAAGUGUUAAUGUGAGAUACUUGAAUAGAUUUGGCAUGAAGUGUGAUGUGGCAAAUAAGCAUGUCCCAGCACAUGUACUUCUCACUGUCCUUGACAAAUGUUUAAUAUUAAUAUUUGAGAGACUGACCCAAAAACUCUUGACAUCAUUUUGCCUCAGGGACCCCACUGAAAGCAUGCGUCAUCUCAGCUGGGAUACACAUUUUAAUUGUAUUCUUAAAGUUUACAUAUUCUUAAAGUAACAUGGAUUUUUUUAUAAAUCCAGACAUUUUCUGUACAUUGCAGUAAACGGUUAUAUAUAUUUUAAAUUAUACCCAGUGACCAAAUGUGACAAGAAGUUCCAUUCUUGGGGCAUGAUUUGCAGGGGAUUGCACCAUUUAUGGGCUGCAUUCAUUUUUUUCUAUUUACAUAUUUAACAUUUACUAUGCUAAUAUUUAACUUUAUAGAGUAAAUAACCAAACAUUGAAAAUAUAAUCUUUUUUAUUUCUUCUUAACAUAGUUGAAAAAGAUCCUCUGUAAACACUAGCCCUUUUUGUGACAACUCUGCUGACUUUUUAAUACUUGUAUUCAAAAGUAUUAUUUUUAAGAUCUUUUACUGUAAUGUUGGAGUGAAUUUUAAAAAUAUUUUAAAGCAUUUAUAACUUUA